AUGAUUGCCAUCAAGAUAAAGCAACAACAAUAAACUCAACAGAAUGCCUAAAAUAAUCAAGACAUAACCUAAACCGGUGCUUGGAAAAGAGCUUUGAGUGAUCAACAAGAAUUCAAUGAUGCCUUUCCCCCUGAUUUAAAAAACCUUAAGAUUACUUUUCCAGACAAUAAAAAUAUCCUCUAUUUCGAAGUUGAAGUAAGACCAGAUCACAGCUUCUGGGCUGGCGGAGUGAUUGUAUUCACUGUUUCAAUUUCUCUAGAAUAUCCUAUGGUCCCUCCCAAAGUUUUGUGCAAGAAGAAAAUAUUCCAUCCCAAUAUUGAUUUGGAAGGCAAAGUCUGUUUGAAUAUCUUGAGAGAAGAUUGGAGACCUGUUAGCAGUUUGAAGGAUGUGAUUUUCGGAUUACAGAUGUUGUUUACAUAAUUAACAAAUCCAACUGAUCCACUCAAUAAAGAAGCAGCAGAAUUGAUGUUGAAGGAUCAAUAAUAAUUUGCUCAAGUUGUGAAAUCCACAAUGAAGGGAGGUUCAUACAAUAGCAUAUUGUAUGAGAAAAUCGCAUGA